AAAAAAAGCGAAACGCUUUUUCAGUUUCGUUUUCAACGUGCGCGCGCCAACACACUAGACAGCCCCGAAAACCCCGAGAGUAAAUUGGAAAUUUCGAAAAGCCCCCGCAGAACAGCGAGUAUCCAAAAAAAGAUCCCUAAUAUCCCCAGUAAAACCACCGAAAGAAACUAACGCCAAGAUGUCGCACUCAGUGACCAUUACACGUACCACCACCAGCACCACCAACACCUCGUACAUCGUGCUCAACACAGGCUACCUGAAGUCCUUUCCAGGAAUUCUAAAGCUCUUUGAGCUGAUCAUUGGAGCUGCUAUUGUGGGUAUCGUGGCCUACAACUAUCAGGGAUACCGCAACUACUUUUAUUCGGGACAGCAGGAUCUGUUCCUCUACCUGAUGGCCACCACGUUUAUGAUAGGGACGUUCUGCUUACUGCUCGCCUGCCUCACCUCCCUCAGCACGGGGGGCAUCAUCGCCAAGACGAUUUACGAGCUGAUCUACCACAGCGUCGCUGCCAUACUGAUCCUGGCCGCAUCCAUCUGCCUGCUGAUCCGGCUGCGCGAUGUCAAGCACGACGGCUACAUGGUGGCCGGUGUCUUGGGUCUGGUCAAUGCCGUUCUUUACUUCAUCAGUGCCUUCCUGGCCCAUCGGUCCUACCGCGGCAUCUAAGUGCCACCACCACCACCAGCAGCAUCAGCGUCCACUCCGCAGUCCCCACUACCCCAGUAUCCCACUACCCCACCAAUACUCAAACCCAUUUCAGCGAGUGUUCAAGUCGAAUCUGUAAUCUCGAAGCAUUUGUACGGCGUCGCCGCUUCCCAUAUAUACGCCAUAUAUACGAGUACGAGUAGUAUCCUCCUAUAGUAUAUAGGAGACGACGACAGAGGAGGAGAGAGAUAUG